AUGGAUGAAGAGAACAAUGGUAGGCGUAGCUUAAAUCAAGGUCCCCAGAACUAUCUACCCUUUGGAAAAAUUGGUGAUGCCGAAAAAAUGUCUCUGCCGGGAAUCGAACCCGGGCCCCUAGCUUUGAACGCCGGUGCCUUAACCGCUAGACCACAGAGACGGAAUUACUCAAAGCUCACAGUCGUGGUGAUCACCAUACUCAAUCAGCAUCUUAACGUAUUUGGAAGUGAAACGUGUCAGUCAAUACCUCGGAAUGCAUGCCCCUAUCAAAUCUCAGAGCACACUGGUGAAUUGGUUCAGUUUGUCGCAAAGUAUUUAACACGUGAUCACCCAGAAUAUCACGCCAGAGUGCCAGAAGAAGAACGGGACAAAGUCAACGUGUAUUGCGCUCACCCAGAUUGUCACCCUAAUCCGUGUCAAAAUGGUGGCACGUGCGAGGAAGAAUAUGUUGGCUAUAGCUGCACAUGCCCGGGAAUAUACCGUCAUGGAGUAAAUUGUGAGAUUCGCGUGUGCCCAGACAAUUGGGUAUAUGCGACCACAAAAUGUUUCCUGGUAGUGCAUCCUCGCAACCGGAUCUCUUUCCCAACAGCAUAUGACUACUGUAAUGGAUUGGAUGCUGUUGCGAUGGGUAACGGAAUAAUGGAAGACCCCUCCUUGGCGUUCAUAGAGAGCAAUGAAGAGCACGACGUUCUAAAGCCUCUAAUUACUGCUGGUUGGCUGUGGCUAAACUGUGAAAGAACGGGCGAAUCAUUUGUUUGCUACAACGACAGAGGAAGAACAAUGAUUAGUCACUACCGGAACUGGGGUGUUGGUGAGCCUACCAAUGGCGAUCAUGAAGACUGUAUUUCCUUUAACAUGGCUGACGGUAAGAUGCAUGACAAGUACUGCUAUCAUAGGAGAGCACUGGUAUGUCAAGUUAUCAUAGAGGAGGAAUAAACGAUAGCAGUAUGGUGAAUUAAGAGCGUGUUUAUAUUAAUAAUAUCUCUAAAUUAUGAUGUGCCAAGCCGAGAUAGCAAAGUCUGAACGCUUUGCUCUCAGAAGAUAAGCAUAAUAGCUUAAACGUGUUCACUCCUUUUCUGUUUGCAAAGGAACAUUGAUUGUGCCUCAUAAAGUUUUUAAUAAUGUCUGUCUUUCAAUAAUUUAUAGUCCAGGCUAAAUAUUCCAGAUUUUUCCACAGUAAUUAUUUAUUCAAAACUGGGUACAUUUUGAAUGAGGGCCUAUAUUUUGCUCUUCAAGGGCGACCGUUGAAGUCUCAAGCAAUCAAACCCAAGUUAUUGUACCAAAUCUGGCAAUCAUUAUUAGGCCCAUAGAAAAUGGACUAAACCUUGUUUGAUUUGGAACGACUAUAAUAUUCCUAUAAUUGUGAUAUAUUAGUGAAACUAUAUCUGACAUGUUUUCUAAGAUAUCAUUUCUUUCGCCAUGUAGGUAAUUAAUGCUGUAUUAUUUUUGAAACUACUAGAAAAGUGGCGGCCAUAUGCACUAUCGGUAAAUAUGUACAAAGCCAAAGGGGAAACUAAUUUUCACAAGAGCAAGAACCAUUAAAUGCAUGUAAUUUUGACCCACGAGUAAUAUAAUGUCUGAAAACAUGUUUUCUAGCGACACGUAUCAUUUAUUUUGUCAUGCAUGAGAUAAAUGCUGUAUUUUGAAAUUAAAAAUGGCCGCCUUAUAUUAGGCCCUAGCCGUACUAUGUAGGGGCCUACGAUAAAAGAUAAUUUUGACAGAAUUAGGAUUUUGCUUGACAAUGAACUGCAUAUUCUGCUGUAUGGGUGAAAUAUUAUCUGAAAACAUGAUUUUUAUUUCUUCUGCCACGUAGGUGUUAGAUGCUGUAUUUUAGAAUUCAAAAUGGCCGCCAAAAGCCCAAGUGAAUUAUGUAAAAUGCGAUUAGGAAAACAGUAAUUUUCACAAGAGUUAGAACCAUAGAAUGCAUGUAACUGUGAUGUAUGAGUAAAAUAUUGUCUGAAAACAUGCUUUCUAAUUAAUCAUUUAUAUCACAUAUUAGGUAAUAAAUAUCGCAUACAUUCGUCUUUGAAUUUUAAAAUGGCCGCCAUAGGUUCUAAAAGUAUUAUGUACAUUGUAAAUUGGGACAGAGAGUUUUGACAGUUUGGCUUUGCUUGACUAAAUUACAUAUAAGUAUAAUUGCGUUGUAUGAGCAUGAUGAGUGAAAUAUUGUCUGGAAAUGAUUUCUUGCGAAAUAUAUCAUAUCUUGUAUCAUUAAGGUGAUAAAUGCUGCAUUUUAAAAUUGGAAAAUGGCCGCCACAUGCCCUUAUCGCAUUAUGUACAAUUUGAAUGUGGACAAAUAAUUUUCAUACAAGUGCAUAAUAUGGCGGCCAUUUUGAAUCUUAAAACUCAGCAUUUAUCACCUAUAUGACAUACACUCUAAAAAAAAAUACUGGGUAAAAAUGCUCCAUGAGGGUAAUAAUGUGUCCAACCAACAUUGGGCAUUUCUAUUUAUCCCGUGUGAUGAAACUUCUGCCCAUUCUAAAGUAGUUGCUGUUCGGUUAUUUUUUUAACCUUACUGGACAAUAUGCUUCCCGCAUUGUGUAAAAUACUGCCCAAAAUUGGUUGGACACAUAAUUACCCUCGUGCUGGUUAAAAUUUAACCCAAUUUUAUUUUCCCAAAGUAUGAAAUUUAAAUCCUUUAACAUUGAAAAUUAAUCUUUAGGAUUAAAAGUAAUUUCAGAAUUCGAUCUGUCCGUAACUACAUUCCGCCUUUGAGUAAUUUCAAAUCCCUGCAAUUUAGAUUGUAUAUCCAUUGUCAGAUAGUCAUCUUCAGCGCGAUCAAGCAAGAUAACAAGAAUCAAGGAAGAAUAAGAAAUAGCUUCGCAUCAUCAUUAAUGAUUGAAUUAAAUAAAUUAGUUAAUAUCAUCAUAUGUCAAUACUUUUUUAUCAAUCUACAGUAUUGUAACCCUCGUUUAGAAUAGUUUACUUUUUCCACCCCAGUUGAUGUGAAUCAAUAGAGAAAAAUCUUACAAGCAUAGCGUUGAAAAUCGGAUGUAAAAUAAAGAAGUCACGGUUAUGACAUAAAAGUUUUGCUUAUUUUUCACAAAACAGUUAUAUGCACAAUUCAGAUACAUGCAAUUGAGGCAAAUGAGAGAGUCGAUGAUGUUCCUCACUUACUUUUGCUUUGGUCUUUUGUUUGAAUUAUACAAUAUUUCAAUUUGUACAAUUUUUACAAUAAGCACCAAUUUGACUGAACCAUGAAAUCUUAAAGUAAUCAUAAUUCCACAUGUUCAAGAAGAAAUAAAACUUGUUUUACUGGACAAUAUGGAGAAAAUAUAAUAUUUCGUAUUUUUUAUAUAAUAAAAUACAAAAGAAACAGUGAGUAGAUGAUGAAAUCAGUCCCCUCAUUGGCAUACCGACUAGGACUAUGUGCAUUUAAUGUUUUGAGAAAAUAAGCGAAAUAUAAAAAUAUCAAAACCUUAUUUUACAACCGAUUUUGAUGAAAUUUUCAGUGUCGUGCUUGUUUGAUUUUUCUCUUUUUAUUCAUAUAAGCUUUUUGUUGGGGUGGACUUGUCCUUAUAUAAUUAUGUUAUCUCAGCAAAUUUUAAAAUAAGAUUAAUAACUUGCUUGCUUUAAACCUUUCUUAAUGAGUAACAGAGAAAUUGAAUACGACAUCGCUGAAAAGAAAGGUAUACUUCAUUUUCGUAAAUGGAGGUUUGAUUUUGAACAUUCUCUGUAUGCUUUAUGCACUAUAAUCAUAUUCAUUACUACGCAUGGUCGCAAUUUUCUUGUUGAUUUAUUUGUAAUCUUGUGUUGAUUAUGUUGUCAUAUUCUC